AUGCCUACUUUUCAAGUUAAAAAUUUUACAAAAUGUUAUAGCCUUCGAUCGAAACCAGGAAUUUUCUAUAUUACCUCAAAUAAUCUCACAGUUUUAUGUGACUAUUUAGAAUCUAAUAAUCAAAGAGGAACUGCUAAACAAGUUAUUAAGAAUAUUGUCUCAUGCUGGGUAACUGUAGCAGAUGCUGUGGUAUAUUGUUUUAAAAUGAAGUUGACUCAAAGUAAUCUAAAUCAUCUUCAAGGUGUACUUGUAAAAGAACAUUGCAUGUUAAUUGAGGUAUUGUUACAUUUUUUGAUAUAUGUAGCGAUGAGACUUUUUAAUUAUUAA